AUCCCGGCACCCCACCAAGCACAAACGCCGCGAAGAACCCCGCGAACCGAACCCACGCCCCGCCUCACCUCACACCAUCAAAGGGAAGAGCAGAGCGUAGCGUGGGAGCAAGGAGCAGCAGCAGCCGGCGGGCAAUGGGCAACAGCAUCGGCGGGCGGCGCAAGGGCGCCAAGGUGAUGCAGCUGGACGGCACCGCGUUCCGGGUGAAGCCGCCGGCGCACGCGGGCGCCGUGCUGCGCGACCACCCGGGCUUCCAGCUGCUCGAGUCGGAGCAGGUCAAGCUGCUCGGCGUCCGCGCGCGCCCGCUCGACCACGACGCGCUGCUCCGCCCGGGCCGGCUCUACUUCCUCGUCGCGCUGCCGCGCCCCACCGUGCCCCCGCGCCGCGCCUGGUCCGGCGCGCUCCACGUCGGCGCGCGCGAGAGGCUCGAGUCGCUCAUGCUCACGCGCCGCUCCACCUCCGACCUCUCCUUCCCGACCGCGCCGGCCUCCCCGAUGUCCACCGCCUCCGAGGGCGGGCCGGUCCAGCUCAGGAUGCGCCUGCCCAAGGCGCAGCUCGCCAAGCUCAUGGGCGAGAGCCGGGACGCCGCCGAGGCGGCCGCUAAGAUCAUGCAGCUCUGCGCCGCCAACGGUGGGAACGGCGCAUUGACGCCGGAGCGGAGCCCGCGGUUAUGGCCGAAGGCGGACUGGGGCACUGGAGGGCUCGCGCAGACGCCAGAGCGGAGCCCUCGGUUCGUGCCUACGCCGGACUGGGGCGCCGGCAGGUUCGCGGAGAAGCCAGAGAGGAGUCCCAGAUUCGCCGUAACGCCCGAGUGGGGUGCGAGGUUCAUGAUGCCGACGCCGGAGAGGGGUGCAGAGACGGCGAAGACGCCGGAUAGGUGGUCCGCUCUACCCCGCACGCCGGAGUAUGCAUCAGCGGACGUCAAUGCCAGCCGCAAGGAGAUGAAUCACAGCAGUAGCAGUCAUAGAUCUACCAUGGAAAAUGCUUCACAUGCUGAAGUUUCAGAGCAAGUUCUCUGAAUCUUAAACGUUGUCAACAGAUAUUUUAGCAGCAAUUGUGAUGCUCCUUCCACAUUUAUAAUAACUACUCUAGUGGAGCUGAUCUACAGCAGAGUUGUGGAAAGUCUAUGUGUACCAAGGAUGAUCUUAAAUUGCCGUUUCAAAACAUUAGGCCUACCUGAAUUUUAUGGUAGCAGAAGAAACAAGCUGAGCGUCACAUGUCUGACCAAGUGUCUAGAUCGAGAAAUUUUCAGGGAUCAUAACGAGCCAAGUUGCUUGAUCCGCUUUAUGCCCACUAUUAGUGUAGCUCCGGCCGAUUCUUCCGGGUCACCGUCACUAAUGUUGCAACUUACUUGUUUGACUUAUUGUUGAGCACCUCAACGUCAAACCGGCAAUCCAGACCAUCAAACUAGCUUAGGCAGCAGCGGGCAGCCGUUAGAUGAUGAUAUGAUACCAUCUCACUGAGCUUUUUCCGGGGUGCCAUCUCAUUGAAGUUAACCUUAUCACCAUGACGAUAUGAUAACUAUCUCACCGAAGUUUUCUCUAGGGUAACUAUCUAAUUGAAGAUUUGAAGUUAACUUUAUCACCAUGACAACAUCAGCAAUAGUUUUCAAUAUGUGCCAAUUUUUCUCGCUCGAAGUUAAGGGAUAAUACAUCAGCAGAGCCUUUCAUCAGGAUUUCCUUUGAUUUUUUUGUCACAAAUAAGUACGCUAAAUUAACAUUGGCUUCGUCACGCGAUCUCGGUUCCCUGCACUUUCUGUUCAAAUCUUUGCCUAUCAUUUUCGCGUAAUGCGCAAACAGAUUAGCGUUUGGCUUGAAACGAAUUGUCCGUCGCUUUUGCUGACAUCUUCUCCUGUGAUUUCGUUU